CGCAACAAUUUGCCAAACUACACACAAAAGAAAACUGUGACUCUUGUUUAUCGCUUCGUCCCCAUACAGUCAGAAAGAAAACGGACUUUGCUAACUGUGAGUCGUGAAAUGGCUUCCAAGCUCUGUGACUCCUGCAAAUCGGCAACGGCAACUCUUUUCUGCCGUGCUGAUUCCGCGUUUCUUUGUGUCAACUGUGACUCCAAGGUUCACGCCGCUAACAAGCUUGCCUCGCGCCACGGACGUGUGUGGGUUUGUGAGGUGUGCGAGCAAGCUCCGGCUCAUGUCACCUGCAAGGCCGACGCUGCAGCCCUCUGCAUCACGUGCGACAGAGAUAUUCACUCCGCUAAUCCAUUGGCUCGCCGACACGAGCGAGUUCCUGUCACGCCGUUCUACGAGUCGGUCGGCGUAACUCAUGCUGCUAAGACAAACGCUGUAAACUUCCUUGAUGACCGUUACUUCUCCGAUGUGGAUAGGGACGCUGAUGUAAGCAGGGAGGAAGCGGAGGCAGCUUCGUGGCUUCUUCCAAAUCCUCCCAACCCGAAGGUGAUGGAGAGUCCGGAUCUGAAUACAGGUCAAUAUGUGUUCUCGGACGUGGACCCAUAUCUGGAUCCAGGUUACGGUCCUGCGGCUGUGGAUCCGAAACUCGAAGCGCAGGAGCAGAACAGCUCGGGCACGGAUGGUGUAGUGCCCGUGCAAAGCAAGAGUGUUCAAGCUUCAUUGGUGAACGACCACUGUUUUGAGCUUGACUUCACCGGAUCCAAGCCUUUUGCCUACGGAUAUAAUACACAGAGCCUGAGCAACAGUUUAUCAUCCUCAUCCCUCGACGUUGGGGUAGUGCCAGAUGGGGGGAACAUGACGGACAUAUCAAAUCAGUACAGUAGAACAGUGAGCAACGGGAUGGAGUCUACAAAUCCGACGGUUCAGCCAUCAGCAGUGGACAGGGAAGCAAGGGUUUUAAGGUACAGAGAAAAGAGGAAGAACCGAAAGUUCGAGAAGACAAUCAGAUACGCAUCGCGUAAAGCUUAUGCCGAGACGAGACCACGAAUCAAAGGGAGAUUCGCGAAGCGAAUAGAUAUGGAAGUAGAAGCAGAUGGAGGUAGUAUGUACGGAUUCGGCGUCGUUCCGUCCUUUUAAUCCAUUUGUAUUAACAAAUGGACGUUGUUUGUUGUUAAAGUAUUGUAUAUAUAAGUAGGCGAAGGUGUUUAAUCUAUUUGUAGAAGCUUUAUGCAAUAAUGAGUUUUGCUCUACUGAUCCUUUUGAAAGAUGAUGAUAUCAUCCACCUUUUUGGGAGGUGCAAGUUGAGAGUAUGAGAAGCUGAAUGAUUAAUUUUUUUAUUAUUAUAUUUUGAGUUCCAGAAUGGAAAAAAGAUUAGCAGCUUCUCUUUGAAGGUCUUAUGCCUAUUUGUCGGAGUAUUGUUGCACUGGUCUAAGUCCUUAUUAUUUCUGGUUGUUGUUGCUGAGCUCUAAUUUCACCUAGUGUUUAGCUUUAGGAAGGGAGAGCAAGAUGCUUUGGUCUUAUUUUGCUUUCUUCCUCAAGUCCUAGCCAAGACAAGUACAGUCGCAUCGACUGCUGUUGGAGGUUUCUCAUGGCGGCCAUGGUGAUUAAGAUGAACAUCAAAUUGACGUUGAAGACGCCUCGGGUCUCACCCGCUCCACAUUAACACUACUUGCUUGGGCUUGAUUGAAUUGGAGUGUUCUUUAAUAAAUCUUUGUAGGCUUAGACUUACUAAUAUUUUAUGUAACGAAAUAUACGUUGCUGUUGAAAUAGUAAUAAUGAUUGUUCAAUUUUA